UUAAAAGAUGAAAAAACAACCAAAUAGGAACUAAGACCCCCCGAAACCCUCCAACUCCAACUCUGCCCGGUAUAACCAUGGGGAAGAAGAAGCAGCGGCUGACAACAGACGCAGACGCCGCACCGGAGCUAGACCCAAUCACCGGAAACAAUGACGAAUCUCACAGUAAGAAGAAGCUCAAGAAGCAGAAGAAGAACAAAACAAACGAGAUACCCACUGUCAGCAUAGCCGUUCCUGCUUCCAUCAUUGACAACGUUCCAACCCUAGAACUCGCCACUCGGUUGGCUAGUCAAAUCGCUCGUGCCGCGACUAUUUUUCGAAUCAAAGAGGUGGUUGUGUUUGAUAAUAGAAGUAAUACAGAUAAAGGUUAUACCGUGACGGAGAAUUCAGAUGAUGAAAGUAGUUCGGCUUUUCUCAUGCGAAUUUUGCAGUAUCUUGAAACACCUCAGUAUCUGAGGAAGGCUCUCUUCCCAAUGCAUAACAGCUUAAGAUUUGUGGGAAUGCUGCCACCCCUUGAUGCUCCACACCAUUUGCGCAAACACGAAUGGGGUCCAUAUCGAGAAGGUGUCACAAUAAAAGGACAUUCAAACUCUGGCACAACACUAGUUGAUGUUGGCUUAUUUAAGCAUGUUGCAGUUGACCAAAUACUUGAACCAGGAAGAAGAGUUACCGUGGCCAUGGGUGCCAACCGCAAUUUGGAUUCUGAUUUACCACGCGAGGUUGUCUCAUCAUCCAAGCCCAGGGAAGAAGGAGCAUAUUGGGGAUAUCAAGUGCGUUAUGCUCACAAUAUUAGCGCAGUAUUUAAUGAAUGUACAUACAAGGGUGGCUAUGAUUGUAUAAUUGGUACCUCUGAGCAUGGUCAGAUUAUCAAGUCAUCUGAACUUGAAUUACCUUCCUUCAGACAUUUAUUGAUUUCCUUUGGUGGAUUGGCUGGGUUAGAAGAGAGUAUUGAGGAAGAUGAUAACUAUAAGGGAAAAAAUGCAAAGGAAGUAUUCAGUUUAUAUUUAAACACGUGUCCAAAUCAGGGGAGCCGAACAAUUCGAACAGAAGAGGCUAUUCUUAUAUCUCUUCAGUACUUCCAAGAACCAAUAAGCCGAGCAACGCUGCGUUGAGCAUUGUUGUAUUCUCAAAAUUUAUGUAGUUCAAUCAUUGAUUCUCCGAAUUAUGGCAGAAACAGAAACAGAAACACGGUCAAAUUUUCAAAACCAGAAUUAGAAAUUGGCCCUCUAACUUCAUCCUGGAUUGGCCAUGAUGUUAUGUUAUGGGAUUCUUCUUGAAGACUCUUAUGGAAGUUGCGGUCCUCGCACAUUGUAAGACUCGCAAACAGUGUUCCAUCUAUCUAUAUCUGUAUAUGAAAUAAUCAGAAAUAGAAUUGCUAGUCGUAAUUUUGUCUCACCAAAGAAGGCCUGAUGAAACUCUAGGUCUCUUUGGAUCAACUUGUUAGAGUUUAUUUAUAAGUACUUGUGAUUUUUGUUAUAAAGGUAACUUACAUAAACAUUUAUAAGAUAAGUAUAAUGUUUUAAGUGUUUA